AUGUUCGACUCGGGGGUUCUCGUGCCGUUCAAACUUCACUAUGAGGAGACGAAGGAGCUUUCCCCCGGCGACAUCGUCCACUCCGAGGUCGCCUACGCCGGGGGACACCGCUGGAGGAUUCGAUGCUACCCGCAGGGAAAGAAGAAGGCCGACAAGCAGGGCGAGUACAUCUCGAUCUUUCUCGAACUCAUGAGCAAGUGCAAAGGCGUCAAGGCCAUCUUCGAGGCUUUCGUGGUGGACAAGGACGCCGAGCCGUUUUCUUCCCAUGCAGAGCGGUGCGUGCAGGUUUACCCGCCGGAGGGAUUCGAUUCCUGGGGGUGGCCACAGUUCGCGAAGCGAAGCGAUCUCGAGUCUCAAUACGUGGUGAACGGGUGGGUCACGAUUGUAUGGGGAGUUGUAGUCGUGCGCGAUGACUCCAUAGCCGUGCCGUCCUCUGACAUAGAGAACCAUCUUGGCCGCCUCCUCGACUGCGGCGACGGUUCUGAUGUCUCCUUCGUCGUCGACGGCGAGACGUUUCCGGCGCACCGGGCCGUGCUCGCUGCCCGCUCGCCGGUCUUCAAGGCGGAGCUCUUCGGCUCUAUGGCGGAGUCCACGAUGUCGCGCGUCACAUUGGAAGACAUCGACCUCGCAACAUUUAAAGUUUUUCUUCGGUUCAUCUACACCGACGCCCUGCCCGGAGAUGACGAGCUGGAAGACUCGCUACUGAGAUGUAUGAGCGUCUGCUUGCCGUGGCCGACAGAAACGUUCAUCUGCUCGGAGCUGAAAAACAAGUGCAUUGCUUUCUUUGCUGAGGAGAAAAACUUCAGGGAGGCCGUGCUAACAGAUGGUUUCGUGGGGCUGGUUCAGAAGUUCCCAUCUAUUAUUUCCGAGCCAAGGGAGAAGCAGUCUAAGAACUAG